UCCGCUUAAGCUAGUUUAGCAUAGCUUGCUAAGUGCUAACAAAAAAAACAAAUGCGACGUGUUUGUUAGCUCCCCAAAGCUUAGCAAAGUGUGACUGUAAAGUGUUGUGCUUAUCGCGUGAAAAUGUGUGCAAAACGUGCGAAAGACGAAGACGAGGAUUUCAGGAGGCGUCAAGAUGUGUUGCACAAAGCAGACAUCAGUGAAGAAUAUCUUCGUCCUGAGCAGCACGGGCCAGAGUACGCACACUUGGAAGAGGAAGAGGAGUUGGGAUGCCCCAAAAUUAAAGAGGAGGAGGAGCCAGAGCACCCCCGCAUGAAAGAGGAAGAUGAGCUGGAGAUGACCGACGUUAAAAAUGAAGAGCAGCAAGCUGAUAUCACCAACUUGCCAUUGACUGUCAUCGUGAAGAGUGAAGAUGACGGCGAAGGACACGGUGAUGGAGACCACCGUGGAGCAUCACAAGCGAGCAGCCUCUCAGCGCCGCUGUCGGAAAGUGAUGACGUCACAUCAAGCUCUCCUGACACCGAUGAGGAACACUCUAAAGGUGCUACGGCACGUCACACUGACAACAAAGGUGUGAAAUGUUCUCAGUGUGCCAAAAUGUUUGACAACGAGUCCUCCUUGAAAAGACACGCAAGCACACACACUGGAGAAAAACCCUUUGCUUGCUCAGUUUGCGGGAAAAGAUUUUUCGCCAAGAGACAUUUAAUAGCACACACGCGAACACACACUGGAGAAAAACCCUUUUCCUGCUCUGUUUGUGGUAAAAAUUUCACUCAGAACGGACAUUUAAUAGUACACAAAAGAACGCAUACAGGGGAGAAAACUUUUGUAUGCUCAGUUUGUGGUAAAAGGUUCACUCAGAAAGGACAUUUAAUUGCACACACAAAAACACACACCGGGGAGAAAACGUUUGCCUGCUCAGUGUGUGGUAAAACAUUCACUCGGAAGGCGCAUUUAAACAAUCACAUAAGGAGUCAUACAGGAGAAAAAGAUUUCAGCUGCUCGGAUUGCGGUAAAAGAGUCACUCAUAAGGAUCGUUUGAACUCACACAUGAUAACGCACACUGGGGAGAAACCUUUUGCCUGUUCAGUUUGCGACAAAAGAUUCUCACGAAAUGGGGAUUUAAGAACACACACAAGAAUACACACUGGUGAGAAACCGUUUGCCUGCUCAGACUGCACCUUAACUUUCAGUGAUCGCUCAGGAUUGGUUCAACACAGGAGAACACACACUGGGGAGAAAAAGUUUGCAUGCUCCAUUUGUGGCAAACGAUUCUCUCAAAGAGGCACGUUGAGAACACACACGCGAACACACACUGGUGAGAAACCAUUCAGUUGCAGUGUGUGUGAUAAACUAUUCCCCCAUAAGUAUCAAGUUAAGAAACAUAAGUGUACCAGAGAGAUAAGCAUCGGUAAAUGAAAGGUUUUUUUUUUUUUUUUUUUAAAUUGUCAAAAAAAAGUGUGACUCUUCUUGGUCAGUUGUAAAAUUUGUUGUCCUUUUUUUUUGUUUUAGUUUUCAAACAGUGAUUGUACUGUCGGUGAUAAUAUGGCAUCAGAAGACCACAACAAAACAUAAUCAAGUGUAAGCCUUAAAAUAUUCCUCCCACAUGAUUUACACACAUUCAAAUUCAUUACAACAUAUUUUUCAAACAUAGCGAAAUGCACACAAAAUAAUUGAAAGCAUCUUAAAAAUGGAACUGACGAGCGCUAUAAACUGCAGAUUUUAUUGAUGUUGCGAGAAUUUCUGCAACAGAAAGUUAGAUAUGUUUACCAGAAAAACAUACAAUGUAGCUGUACCUAUAAGCAUAUAUAGUAUUUUUCCUUUUAAAUUACACAUGACGAAUGCCA